CGGCCAGGUCCAGAGUCAAUGCAGAGCUGAACGCCUUGACAGAGAGUGCAGAGCGUCCACCGUAGCGGAGCGGCGGCGACGGUGCGACACCAUGCGCGCUCCGGCGAUACUGCUGCACCGCAGCACGGCCGCCGCCGGCCUCAGCGAGCCUCCGUCGCUGCUGCCGCCUCGGCCCGAGCAGCAGACAUCGCUUGUGGUCACCGUGCACUCGGACAUGGUGGUGAUCCUGGCGUCGCUGCUGUGCGUCCUCAGCUGCGUCCUCGGCCUCGCCCUCCUGUCCCGGCACGCGUGCCGCCGACGACCCUCUGACCGCUACCCUCCUCCCCCCACGGGCCUCAGGAAGAAGGCAAUCGACGCGCUCCCCACCGUCUCCUUCGCCGCGGCCGCCUCGUCGUCGUCGGAGUGUGCUAUAUGCCUGGCGGAAUUUGCCGACGGGGAGGCCGUGCGCGUGCUCCCAGGAUGCGGCCACGGCUUCCACAUCGCCUGCGUCGACGCCUGGCUCCGGACGCGCGCCUCGUGCCCGUCCUGCCGGGCCUCCAUCGUUGCCACGCCCAUGCAGAUGCAGGUACAGCCAGCGGCGGCGCCCACCGUGGUAGUCGUCGUGGCAGGGAAUAGCAGGUGCGGGAGAUGCGGCGAGCUGACGGCGGCGGCCGGUGCACGCGCCGCGGAUGGCGCGGUCUUGGCUUAGUCAGGUUUGUAGGUACUGUUCGUGUGCUUCAUUUUACUCGGCCUCUGCUUCAUUUUGGCAGCUCCUCUGCAAAGCAAAACUUGUGGUGUUUAAGAUUUCAGUACGCUAGAGCAAUUCAGAAAUGCGUAUAUGAAAAAAAGAUUAAUUAUUGUCGAUCUGAGUUUGUUUAUGGUGCUCUGCUCUCUGGCCAAAUGAAGCCAAUGAAGCUUUAAUCAGUCUCCAUCAGCAUCAGCUUGCCGUUCAUUGCAAAACAAGAUGAUAGCAGCUUGACGGAUGGAGGAUCCAAAGACAAAGUAAAAAAAGGACAAACUCAUCAUUGUCUCUGUUGUUAUUUUUCCUUCUUCGAAAGAAUAGUUUUUGUUGGCUGUCGUUCAAGCUUUGAACGUUGACGUGGAUACCAUGUAUAACUGGCAGGAUUCCACCCGAGAAAAAAAGAAACUGGCAGGAUUCAGACAGUCAUGACAGAGCAAGUCAGUCUCACGGUUCUUGUUUGUUUUUUAACACUAGAUUAGUAUAGAUGUUUGCAAUUAAUUGCAAAAUUUCUCACCGAGCGCUAAGUAGGCUUGCGGUAGUCAAUGUAGAUUGAAAGGCAAAAUUUGUCCUCCACAAUGCACGAUUCAAGAGGUAUCGAGGUCCUAGUGGCGCGACAGCCUGACCAAGAGGAGUUGUGGUGUAUAAAGGAUGUGCUUGCUAGGUGGAUGUCCACUCUUGCUUUGUUAUGUCUUCAUCUUAUUAAGUGAAUGUAGACC